AGUAAAGCCUAACAGAAAAGUAGCCGAUUGGAACCCAGUUUAGUAAUCGCGUUUCACGCAAUACGAACAGUGGCAACCAGUUUCCCCUCUAGGUUCCAAGUUGUUCCACGCCAUUGGCUACGACAAGACCUAGAAAUAGAUAACUUAAAGAAACAAAAGAGAAAAACGAAAGAUUUCGACUGAGUGUCCGGGAAACGUAAAACGCGAAACGCAAAUAGUGGGAGAAAAAAGACUUAAGCACACGCAGACACUAUUUUCUUGAUAACCGUGUACAACGCGAAGAGUGGGGCUGAGAAAAGGUACAAGUGCUAGAACUGCCAGAGGAAGAACAGUGCGAACAACCAAAGUAUAGAAAACCAGAAGACCAGGGAGCAGAAGUAUAGAGUUCUUCGCCUGGUAAGCCGCUGUUGGCCAACAGGCUUUACCACGUUGGGCCAGUCUAUUCCGUACAGCUGCCCGCCAAGUAUUCUGGGUGUUCAGUGAAGUGUCCACCGCCCGGAACGAUGAUGUUUUGGCACAUCUCCUCAUUGAAGGGGUCAGCCAUAAGGAAAGGAAGGGAAGGAAGGCCCGACGAUACUCGCGAGUUUAACAGGUGUUUUCAAAUAGCGACAAAGUGAAGUCUGCAGUCAGUCGUAUAUUCCAGUUGGUAGAUCAAUUAGUGAUUUAGAGGAAGCGUCAUUGAACGUUAUUAAUCUUUUGUUUCAUGAUCAAACAGAGUGCGCGCGUGAUAUCCCAUUUGCCUUCCUCCUCUACCUCUUCUCCCGGUUCGCGUUCCUCCCGCACAACCAUUCGACUCCUUACCCGCAGGAGGUGACGAUCUCGUAAAAGUGAGUACGCUCAGUGAAGACUCUUCCUCUUGACUGGAUUAUGCUGAAACUCUUAUAAACGUUACGCGUACAUAGAACAUGAUGACGGACACCGUCGUAACAGUGCAGAAUGCGCCGAGCUAUAAUGUUUACAAUUCUACACAAACGCCGACCAUUAAAACUGAUCCAGGUCGACGAGGUAUAUUCUCCGGGAUCACUGUCAAUGUGCUCUACUUGACAACUAUACCAGGAAUCAUCAAAAUUAUUGAGCUGGUACUAGCUAUAAUUUGUAUGAUCUGUGCGACCCCGCUGAAUGUUCCUGCCACAUACUGGUUUCUAUUCGUCGUGUGGAUAGUAUUCAUAGGAACUAUCGUUUCGGUGUUUCUUUACAUACUGUCAAUCGAUAAAAAAAUGAAGCUACCAAUUAAUUGGUAUCUCUUCGAAUUAUUGAAUACAGCAUUGAUAAUUAUUGUGUACGCAACAGCGUUUAUUCUACAACUGUCAGCUUGGUCUCCGCUUUAUAACCAUUAUUAUAGAGGCGGUAAUAUUGCUGCUGGAGUUUUUGGCAUGUUUAACACCAUUGCAUACGCUACAGGAAUGUAUUUCCAUUACCUUGACUGGAAAAAUACUACCGCUUGAUGAAAAUAAAAAAUCGUAUGCUACUCCAUUGACAGUUCAGUCGACUGCGCAGAUCUUUAAAAACUCCCGUCUCGAUCCGUCGAUUGCAGCGCGAUCUGGAAGGUAUUUAAGGUACCUAGCGGAAAUGACGGAGGCCACAAUUAGUCCGGAAUGGCCUUGGCGAACUAAUUUCGUAGCGUAUCGAACUGGACACUUUGUACUUAUGCUUUAGUCUAGUUUUAAUCCGUCUACAUCACAAACAUGGUGAUCUUUCGCUUGGACUUUAAAGAAGACAACAAUUACGGAAUGGAGUUUGAAAAACAAACAAUUUUAUAUUACAUUUUUACUCACGCAUUCUUUGACGAAUUUGUGAUAUAUCGAGUAAAAUUGCAAAUGGUCGAAAUAUACAUACAUUAAAUAAUGUACGCAGAAUAUUUUUUAUACGUGAUGAUGUUACUAAUUUUAGUUGAGUAACGUAAUGAAUAUUCAUUCUAGUUCUAAACUAUAAACUGUAGUAUUUUUAAUGGGCUUCUAUAUCUUUCAGUUUCGAUAUAUAUUAAAUUCGUCGACGUGAAUAUCCGUGGAAUUAGCAUAGGUUGAACAUGGUUUAAGGAUUGAUGCGAAGAACUCUUAUUCGCUAAGUCGUAGCGAAUAAUGCAGAACAACCGAUAAGGCUUAUCUAUGUAUGUCAGAUUAUCAUAUAAGCUUUUGUAAAUAAAAAGACGCUGUAACACAAA